UUCCGCAAAGUGUUGACGCAUCUUCCGCUAGCUCUAAGACCGCGCCACCGGAGGAAGCAGCCGAUAAACAACCGCGUCUCGACACCGAAAGUUCUUUGUCUUCGGCACUAGCUCAACGCGUAGCCACCACGAUGUCUGACAAAAUGAGUAUGUCUCUGGACGACAUCAUCAAGCUCAACAAGAAAGGGGGAGGCGGCCGCGGAGCACGCUCGUCCGGCGGGCAGGGUGGAAGUUCAGGUCGGGCCGGUGGCUCGUCGAGGCCGGUACGGAGUCGACAGAAUAACUUCAGCCGCGAGAGAAACAACAGAUCGACGCCGUACACCCGGCCCAGAGAGUUGCCAGACAAAUGGCAGCAUGACAUGUUUGAGGAGCAUACUGGUGGGCACAGACAAAGUGCUGCAGUGGAAAGAAGUGUGGAAAGUAAUGGCAAGCUGCUGGUUUCCAAUCUGGAAUUUGGUGUCUCUGACUUGGAUAUUAAGGAAUUGUUUGCGGAGUUUGGGACAUUACAGAAAGCAUCCGUGCACUACGACCGGUCUGGUCGCAGUAAAGGAACUGCAGAUGUCCACUUUGAAACCAAGGCAGAAGCACUCAAAGCCAUGAAGCACUAUAACGGUGUCCCACUUGAUGGCCGCCCCAUGAAAAUCCAGCAAGUGACUUCAGAGAUCGAUGAUGAUAGUAGACAGUCUACACAAAGUUCAAACAGGGGGUUUGACCGCAGCAGACUUGGACAGCCCAAGUUUGAAAGGAAUGAUCGCAGUGAUAGGGGGGAAAGGGGUGAUAGGAGGCAAGGUGGUGGUGGUGGAGGCUUCAGAGGUCGUGGACGAGGAGGUGGAAACAGACCCCAACUUUCAGCAGAGGAGCUGGAUGCCCAGUUGGAUGCUUACAAUGCCAAGAUGGACACCAGUUAAAAGCACUCAAAAGAUGAUUCUUCGGUCCCCUUUUGUUCAAUCUCAAUUGGAUAUGAUUGAUCGGACUUUAUUAAAUUUUUUUGUGUUGCUUUUUAUAAAACAGUUUUAUUGUAUGGACCAUUAUAUUCUGUUUUUAAUAUUUCUGUUUUUUUUAAAGCCAUGAUUCGGUUUUGUGGAUUUUUUUUAUUUUUUUUUCCCCUCCUGGGCCACUGGCUCCUGUGCUUUUUUCCACAUGUAUGGACAAUUGCUGUAAACCUGCAACAUGACUUUUCUUUUCUUAAUUUACAUAAACAUGAUUCAGUGAAUUUACAUAAACAUGAUUCAGUGAUUUGCCAUACUAAUGUCAAUGUAACACAGUCCGGUCAUUUAGUACUGUAUACUUGACAUAUGAACAUAUUUCAAAGGGUUUUGUACAUAAAUAAUUAUAUGGAAUUGUCUUUCUGGUGUUUUAUUUGGAGAGUUCUCUUCCUGGGACAAAGUUGAAUUGCUCUUUACUGUGAUGGCCUUUUUAUAAAAACAAAAACAAAUGA